GUCAACAGAGGCGGUCCUGCGCAUGUCAGUGUGACUUUAAGUGAAACUAUCUUCUGCAUUGGGCACAGUUUGGUUUCAACCGACAAGUUGCUCCUGAGUCGUGCUUUUCGUUACCUACAAAUCAUGUCGGACUCCAUAAAAAACGUGGCGGUAUUUGGAGCCACGGGAAUGACGGGGCUCGCGACCCUGCCGCAAGCCGUCUCUGCAGGAUACAAUGUGACGGUGCUGACGCGAGACCCUUCCAGGCUGCCUGCCGACCACAAUGCGUUCCGGGUGGUGGUGGGAGAUGUGCUCAAUAAAGACGAUGUGAUGAAGACCCUGGAAGGCCAGGACGCUGUCAUCAUCAUCCUGGGCACCAGGAACAGCCUGAGCCCGACCACCAUGAUGUCUGAAGGCACCAAGAACAUAGUUGAAGCCAUGAAGUCCCAUGGGAUCUGCAAAGUGGUGGCCUGCAUGUCAGCCUUCCUGCUGUGGGACCGCUCUAAAGUGCCGCCCCGCAUGCUUCCUGUGACGGAGGACCAUGACAGGAUGCACACAGUGCUGAAGUCCUCAGGGCUGGACUACGUGGCCGUCAUGCCUCCUCACAUUGCAGACGACCUUCCUCUGACGGAGAGUUACCUGACGCAGGAGAACAUGCUGAAGGGGAGAGCCAUCUCUAAACACGACCUGGGACACUUCUUUGUCAAGUGUCUGUCCACCUCAGAGUGGGACGGGAAGGCUGUGGGAUUGUGGGGAGAGUAUAAAUAAUCCUGAACAGACAGACAGACAUACAUUACUUUGUUUUUUGUUUUAAACUUGGAGAUAAAUGAAGAACUAUAAUA